CAUCUCUAGUGGCAAGUCCCGGCAUUUUUUAUCGGCCACCGCGUGAAUUUCUGUUUUGUUUUCGUUUAAUUUAAUGCCAAAAAGCGGAUAGCCAGGAAUCUUUAAGAUUAAAGCCAUGGCAGAUAGCCCGUUUCCGAUGAGCAACCGCAGUGGCCUGCUGCGCACCACACUCAACAGCUCCAUGGCGCCGCAGAACCUGUCCCACUCGCUGAUUCUUUUGGAUCAGAGCAACGCGGCGGCUAUGGAAGAUCGCUCCUUGAUCGAGGACAUCGGCGAUGAUCUGGAUCGCGGGAAGAGCCGAGUGGACUUACUGUUCCCGCAGUUCUUCGACGUUCUGCAGGCACAGGGCAGUGGACAGGUGACCCUCGAGGUGAUCCAGGCACUAACGCUCGCCUGUCGCGGAGUUGUGGAGCAACUGGAGCUGGAGAUUGAACGUGGUCUGGGCGGAACACAAGGCGCUCGGCAGCGCGAGGCUAUCCUGAGUUGGCUGCGCCAGGAGAUCUAUACGUGGCGCCUGUUGCACGCCCUCUUCUACGACCGCAUCCUGCUGCAAACCGACACUCAAGCGGACGAUGAAAUGCAGGACGGACCCACCCUCGGUGGUAGCGAGAAGGAGGUCAUCCAGCAGCUGUACACCAUAAACGCCACGCUGCGCGAAUAUCAACUGGUUGUGGAUUGGCUGGAGGCCUGCUACGAUCCGGGCGAGCAGGAGAAUCCGCUGCACUGCCACGACCGCAUGAUGGCCUGGGAGAACACGCUUUUCCAGCUGGAGAACCUGCAGGGCGCCGCCUUCGGCAAGGGUCACGAGAUCGUGGCGCAUUUGGAUCCAGAUGCGCCCGUUCGCGAAAAGCGACCACUGCACGCUCUCGAUGAGGAGGACAACGUGCGCUUGUCGCGCGCCAUUUUUUCCGCAAUCCGGUCGGGCCGUGUGGAUGAUGGCUUGACGCUCUGCAAACAUUACGGGCAAACUUGGCGGGCGGCCAUCCUAGAAGGUUGGCGUCUCCAUGAGGAUCCCAACUUCGAGCAGAACGUCUCGGCGGUCCAUGAAAAGCUGCCCAUCGAGGGAAAUCCCAGGCGGGAUAUUUGGAAGCGCUGUGCCUGGAUGCUGGCCGAUUCCAAGAACUACGAUGAGUACACUCGGGCCACAGCGGGCGUUUUCUCCGGUCAUUUGGGCUCCCUGAAGUCCCUCCUGCACAGCAAUUGGCAUGACUUACUGUGGGCCCACCUAAAAGCCCAAAUUGACAUCCGCGUGGAGUCCGAGGUUCGCGGCUGCUGCUUAAAGCGCUACCAACCAAUGCCCGAUGAAUACUGGAACGGCAAGAUGACCAUGGAGCAGAUCUUCGACGAGCUGAACGUGGCCAAAGACGCCUCGGUGCGUGACUUUGCCCAGGGGCAACUGGGCGUAAUCCAGCGGCAUUUAAUAUUGGAUACCUGCGGCGAGUUGCUACAGCACAUGGUACGUUGGGUGGAGAAGGACGGAGGGCAACUGCCGGCCCACCAACUGCGCUUCAUGGCGCACAUUGUACUCUUCCUUCGGCAAAUCGGACGCGUCGAGCAGGAGCGUCAGGCGGAAAAGAUCAUUGCUGCCUAUGUGGAGGCCUUGAUUGCCAGAGGUGAACCCCAGUUGAUAGCCUACUACGCGGCAGCCCUCUCGAAUCCCCUGCAGGUGAAGCUGUACUCCCGAUUCCUUGAGCAAGUGGAGCAGAAGCGUCAGCGAGAGUUGGCUCUGGAUGCAGCUCUGCAAGCAGGAUUAGAUGUGGAGCAGAUCACACGCAUUACCGUAGAAAACAUUCGUCUCGCGCAGGUGACUCUUGGCGAGUUCGGUGAGCCGCACUCCGGCGAGAUCUCAGUGGCGGAUCAGCGCAAGAUCUCCGCUCUGGAAUGGCUGCUCCAUCUGCCGGAGCAACGGGGCGAGCUGCUGUGGCAGGCUAACGCCAUGAUGCGCACCUACCUGGCCUGCAACAAGAUGGACUGCGUGCGCCAGACCUUCCGCAUGGUGCCCGGCGACAUCGUGCCGCAGAUCGUGGGCAUUUACGGCUCGGUGGACAACAUUCCGCCGCGCGAGGAGUGCUGUCUGAAGGAGUACCUCUGCUACAAGGUUUACCUCACCGGCGUCGACAGCUUCGUUGAGUGGAAUCGCCUCCAGCUAAAUAGGCCAAAGAAGCCGCAGGCAGGAAUGAGUGCCUCCGCCCAGGACAACUUCACCGAGCGCAUGGCCAGCGAGCGCAAGGAGCAGGCCCACCGAUCGGAAGUCCUGCGCUGGGAGCACAAGGUCAAGGAGCAGGCCAAACAAACCAUCGAAACUCUGUACAACGUGCUCAUGUUCCCAGACAAAGGAUGGCUAGUCGAUCCGUUCAUCUCCAAACAACCCGAGAACGCGGCGCAAUUGAACUGGGAACACCGUCUGUUGCAAAUGGAGAAGCUGCGCUCCAUCUGCCUGCCCGAGAUCGCCCUGCUCCUCAACGAGGUGAUGUUCAAGUCGGGCGAUUUUGCCGGCUGUGUGCGCCUGGCGGAUGAGAUUUCCAGCGAAACCCGACAGCUCUACAAGGUCUAUACGAAGCACAAAUUGGCCGAGUUGCUGGCUAAGAUCGCAGACGCCUCGCUGGAGCUACUCAACUCGAAGCUGGAUCCCUGGGGAUACCCCAUCACAGUCUAGCAGUCUGCUUUGUGUUUUGCAAUUACAUUCUAACUUUAAACGUUUA